CUAAGGGGCUGUUUGGCAACUUCUGAAUAGGUAAGUGCUGAACCAGUAAGAGGUCUGAACCAUUAAGUGCUGAACCAGUAAGAGGUCUGAACCAUUAAGAGCUAGUAUAUUGCUUAACUAUUCAGAGGCAAAUGUCUGAUCAAUUCAGAUAAGAGGUCUUAACCAUUCAGACUCUGUAUAAUACUUAACCAUUCAGAGGCAAAUCUCUUAACCAUUCAGACAUCUGAACCAUUAAGAGGCUGAAACAAACAAUCUGAAUCAUUAAGUGCUGAACCAUUCAGACAUCUGAACCAUUAAGAGGCUGAAACAAACAGCCCCUAAUUCUUUUCAACUUGUAUCAUGGUAUCGGAGCUAAGGUCCCUAGCUAGUGAGUAGCUCUUAUGUGUAUAGGCUAGAGAGAGAGAGAAAGAGAGAGAGAGGACACGGUGCAUAUACUAUUAAUUAUUUGUUACUUUCAAGGCGUUUUAUUCUCUUCUUUGAGCAGUCAGAUUUGGUUUCACACCUACUCUUGCUCCGUUUUUGUGUCUUUUUUCCCUUGGAUUCUCUACAUUUUUUCUGUUUUAUUCUCCUAAAAAGCUUUGGUUUUGGUCUUUUGGAUGUGGGGAGUUUGGUCAAAGAGGAAUCGAUUUAACUCCUGAGCCGUUUCAAUUUCUCACUUUGCCUUGAGAUUUCACCGCCAUGCCUGCGAGGCAGAUGAAGGAAUGCCCAGAACAGCAGUUUGUGAUCAGAGCCCAGUUUCAGAGAAGCAACGGAAAGGGCCAGCCGCCGCCGCCGAAUCAAGAACCGGUGAACGGGAAAACCCAGAGCAAGAAAUCCCCUCCGCCGGUUCCGGCGAAGAGCAGAGGGAGGAGGAGGGGGAGGGGCGGCCGGAAAUUGGAUCAAGGCGAGGCCUUUAUGCGGCCAACUUCAAGGCCGUGCACGGCGGCGGCGGCGGCGCACAAGCCGGAUGAAGGUGGGGUUGUGGUUGAAGUAUCUGAUUUGGGGUUUCCAUGCUCGAGCAAGUCUUUGAGCUUUGCCUCUAGGCCUGGCUAUGGAACUCUUGGGGUUAAGUGCAUAGUGAAGGCCAACCAUUUCUUAGCAGAGCUACCCGACAAGGACUUGAACCAGUACGAUGUCACUAUUACACCUGAAGUCUCAUCAAGAACAGUGAACAGAGCUAUAAUUGCAGAGCUGGUGAAACUAUACAAGGAAUCAGAUUUGGGGAUGAGAUUACCUGUUUAUGAUGGGAGGAACAGUUUGUACACAGCUGGAGAGCUUCCAUUUUCAUGGAAGGAAUUCACCAUUAAACUCAUUGAUGAAGAUGAUGGAAUCAAUGGUCCAAAGAGGGAAAGGGAGUACAAAGUAGUGGUAAGAUUUGUAGCAAGAUCAAACUUGCACCAUUUGAACCAAUUCCUUGCGGGUAAGCGGGCCGAUGGCCCACAAGAAACUCUUAAAAUUCUGGACAUUGUGUUGAGAGAGGCAUCAAUGAAGAGGUAUUGUCCGGUGGGAAGAUCGUUUUUUUCCCCGGAUUUCCGGAAACCUCAGCGGCUUGGGGACGGUUUAGAGGCAUGGUGCGGAUUCUACCAGAGCAUUAGGCCUACUCAGAUGGGCUUAUCCUUGAACAUUGAUAUGGCGUCUGCUGCAUUUAUUGAAGCCCUUCCAGUUAUUGAAUUUGUUGCCCAACUUUUGGGAAAAGACGUGUCAUCAAAGCCAUUGUCGGAUGCUGAUCGCAUUAAGAUUAAGAAGGCUCUUAGAGGGGUAAAAGUGGAAGUGACACACAGGGGUAACGUUAGACGAAAAUACCGAGUUUCUGGAUUGACUACGCAGGCCACCAGAGAACUUGUGUUUCCUGUUGAUGAAAACUCAACCAUGAAGUCUGUAGUUGAGUAUUUCCAAGAAAUGUAUGACUUCACUAUCGCAUAUACUCAUCUCCCUUGCCUUCAAGUAGGGAACCAAAAGAAAGCUAAUUAUUUACCAAUGGAGGCGUGUAAAAUUGUGGAAGGCCAACGAUAUACUAAAAGAUUAAGUGAAAAGCAAAUCACUUCUCUUCUUAAGGUCACUUGCCAAAGACCAAGGGAUCGCGAAGCUUCCGUUUUGCAGACGGUGCAACACAAUUCAUAUGAUCAAGAUCCAUAUGCAAAUGAAUUUGGCAUUACAAUAAGUGAAAAAAUGGCUACUCUUGAAGCCCGGGUUCUCCCUGCUCCUUGGUUAAAAUUCAGUGAAAGUGGAAAGGAGAAAGAUUGCUUGCCUCAUGUCGGGCAGUGGAACAUGAUGAAUAAGAAAAUGAUCAAUGGGAUGACCGUUAACCGUUGGGCAUGCAUUAACUUCUCUAGAAGUGUCCAAGAAAGUGUUGUCCGUGGUUUUUGUAAUGAACUGGCUCAAAUGUGUCAAGUAUCUGGCAUGGAGUUCAACCCAGAACCAGUGAUUCCAAUCCAUACAGCUCGCCCUGAACAAGUUGAGAAAGCAUUGAAACAUGUUUACCAUUCGUGUAUCAACAAGCUAAAGGGGAAAGAAUUGGACCUUUUAUUGGCCAUCCUUCCAGAUAAUAACGGGUCUUUAUAUGGUGAUAUAAAGAGGAUAUGUGAGACCGAUCUCGGGCUGAUAACCCAGUGUUGUCUUACAAAAUAUGUCUUUAAAAUCAGCAAACAGUAUCUGGCUAAUGUCUCAUUGAAGAUCAAUGUCAAGAUGGGUGGUAGAAAUACGGUUUUAUUGGACGCGGUCAGCUGUAGAAUUCCUCUAGUGAGUGAUAUCCCAAGCAUCAUCUUUGGUGCUGAUGUCACUCACCCGGAGAACGGAGAAGAUUCGAGCCCUUCAAUUGCUGCUGUGGUAGCUUCGCAGGAUUGGCCGGAGGUGACAAAAUAUGCAGGCCUUGUUUGUGCUCAAGCUCAUAGGCAAGAACUUAUCCAAGAUCUUUACAAGACAUGGCACGAUCCGGCGCGUGGAACUGUUAGUGGUGGCAUGAUAAGAGAUCUCUUAAUCUCCUUCAGAAAGGCAACUGGCCAGAAGCCACAAAGGAUAAUCUUUUACAGGGAUGGUGUGAGUGAAGGGCAAUUCUAUCAAGUCCUACUUUUCGAGUUAGAUGCGAUUCGGAAGGCUUGUGCGUCGUUGGAGCCAAAUUACCAACCACCGGUGACAUUUAUCGUGGUGCAAAAACGGCAUCAUACCCGACUCUUCCCAAACAAUCAUAAAGACCGUAGCAGCAUUGAUAAGAGCGGGAACAUACUGCCCGGUACGGUCGUAGAUUCAAAAAUCUGUCACCCUACGGAAUUCGAUUUUUAUCUUUGCAGCCAUGCUGGAAUCCAGGGUACGAGUAGGCCAGCUCAUUACCAUGUCUUGUGGGACGAAAACAACUUUAGCGCGGAUGGGAUUCAGUCGCUGACAAACAACCUCUGUUAUACGUAUGCGAGGUGCACCCGCUCAGUCUCUGUUGUCCCACCGGCUUAUUAUGCACAUCUGGCGGCGUUCAGGGCGAGAUGCUACAUGGAACCGGAGAUGUCGGAGGGUGGAGUAGGCGGCAAGAACAGUAAAGGCGGCGGCGGAGGAGUACGGGCGCUUCCGGCGCUGAAGGAAAACGUGAAGAGGGUCAUGUUUUACUGCUAGGGAAUGGGUGAAUGACAUGUGAAAUAAAUGAAAUGUUGUAAUAAUAGUCACUAAUUAGGAUCCAUAAAAAAAAGCAGUGAUCAAAAAAGAAUGUGGUGUGUAAUUUGUGUAUAUUCCAUCAGUUGAAACAUCUUUGCAUGGGCUGGAGAUCACUUUUGUGUAAAUGGCAGCUUCUGUUUCUUUUAGUGAUGAGUUUAGUUGAUUAUCUUCAGUUCCUUUUUACCAAUUCUGCCCUUUAUUUAAUACUCCCUCCGUCUCCCCUAGUCUGAAUGGUUAAGAGCUGUUAUCUGAAUUGAUCAGACAUUUGCCUCUGAAUAGUUAAGCAAUAUACUAGCUCUUAAUGGUUCAGACCUCUUACUGGUUCAGCACUUAAUGAUUCAGACCUCUUACUGGUUCAGCACUUACCCAUUCAGAAGUUGCCAAACAGCCCCUUAGAUNAUUCAGAUGUCUGAAUGGUUAAGAGAUUUGCCUCUGAAUGGUUAAGUAUUAUACAGAGUCUGAAUGGUUAAGAGCUGUUAUCUGAAUUGAUCAGACAUUUGCCUCUGAAUAGUUAAGCAAUAUACUAGCUCUUAAUGGUUCAGACCUCUUACUGG